UCUUGUUUAUGCCUAGACUUUUUUUUUUUUUUGGCGAAGAAUUAAAUUUGCCUCAGCUUAAUUGCUUUGCACAUUCUUGUGACAUUGCAUGAUUGGGAGGGAGGAAAUAAAAGGGAGCUGUGACUGUGUGGUAUGUAUCUAAAUGAGUGCGUUAGAGAGGGAGAGGAGAACGCAUAAGCAAGCUGGUUUGACCAGAAACAGAACUGCCUGUGACAGAUUAAGAGACAAGCAAGGCUUGGAAUCUGAGAGCAAGCGAAGAGAGUGGAAAUUUACAGCUGCCCUGUGUGAGUGUUCAAGUGAUCAUUUUCUGCUAACGUUUUCCGGUGGUAACUGUUACUCUUCAAAGAGAAAGACAGAAAGUCAAGACGGGAUUGUGGAAACUCUUUUCUCUGCCACAGUUUGGUAACAGGAGGUACCCUCUAUUAAAUGGAAGAUAAAGGCUACUUCAUCUAAAGUGCUUUGAGCCCCAGAGAGAGCUGUCUUCAGCACCUCACCAUGUGUCUACUUUUCGUUGCUUAGACAAGUCUGGGCUUUUCUGUAACAUUUGCAUUCCAUAUUGGAAGAAGAGAUUUCCAUAGAUUUAAAAAAAUGCCUUUGUUUAGUAAAUCCCACAAAAAUCCAGCAGAAAUUGUGAAAAUUCUGAAAGACAACUUGGCCAUUUUGGAAAAGCAAGACAAAAAGACAGACAAGGCUUCAGAAGAAGUGUCGAAAUCACUGCAAGCAAUGAAAGAAAUUCUGUGUGGUGCAAGUGACAAGGAACCCCCGACGGAAGCCGUGGCUCAGCUUGCACAAGAACUCUACAACACUGGGCUGCUGGUGACGCUGAUAGCUGACCUACAGCUCAUAGACUUUGAGGGAAAAAAAGAUGUAACCCACAUCUUUAACAACAUCCUGAGAAGACAGAUAGGCACUCGGAGUCCUACUGUGGAGUACAUCAGUGCUCAUCCUCAUGUCCUGUUUAUGCUCCUCAAAGGAUAUGAAGCCCCACAGAUUGCCUUACGUUGUGGGAUUAUGCUGAGAGAAUGUAUUCGACAUGAACCACUUGCCAAAAUCAUCCUCUUUUCUAAUCAGUUCAGAGAUUUCUUUAAGUAUGUGGAGUUGUCAACGUUUGAUAUUGCUUCAGAUGCCUUUGCUACUUUUAAGGAUUUACUAACCAGACAUAAAGUUUUGGUAGCAGACUUCUUAGAACAAAAUUAUGACACUAUCUUUGAAGACUAUGAGAAGUUGCUUCAGUCUGAGAAUUAUGUGACUAAGAGACAAUCAUUAAAGCUGCUUGGUGAACUGAUCCUGGACCGGCACAACUUCGCCGUCAUGACAAAGUACAUCAGCAGGCCGGAGAACCUCAAGCUGGUGAUGAACCUCCUCCGGGACAAAAGCCCCAACAUCCAGUUCGAAGCCUUCCACGUCUUUAAGGUGUUUGUGGCCAGUCCUCAUAAAACGCAGCCUAUUGUGGAGAUUCUACUAAAAAAUCAACCCAAACUCAUUGAGUUUCUGAGCAGCUUCCAGAAAGAAAGGACGGACGAUGAGCAGUUCACCGACGAGAAGAACUACUUGAUUAAACAGAUUCGUGACUUGAAGAAAACAGCCCCUUGAAGCCCCACCUGGUUUCCUGCCACAGCCACUGUCUCAUUUGUUCAGUUUGUACCGAAAGUGUCAUUUCAAAAAGUGUUCAUUCUUGGGAAGGCUUUGGAGGUGACUUUUUUCUCAAUUCAUUGUUCAGGGUAGUUGGAAUAUAAAUCUUUGAAUGAAAAAAAAUUAACUUAGAAUAAUACAUUCAUUUUAAUCAAGUCUGUGAUUCUUUAUGUGAAAGUCAGAGCCAUCGUAUCAGACAUUGAUAAAAGCAGUUGCAACUCUUUCUUGAUGAAAGGCAUCAAGGCUGUGGGCUUGCAGACCUGAGCCCUCAGUCACCACGAGCCACCAAGUAGGAGCCCAAAGGAUGGGCGUCACUGAGUCCUCAAAGAGGACUAAAUUCUCAGAGGAGAACUGGGCAUGGGGGCAAGAGGCCCAGAACUGUUUUGCCCAUCUGCACUUAGACAAACAAGUUUCUUAAGGCACUGAAAGGCACUGAGAAAAUAAGAUCCAUGUUUUCAGUUAUUACAUAUUCUGUUCCCUUGCCCAUAUCUCAUAACUGUAGUCAUUCGUUCCUAACUUCGUAGGGAAUUGAUGCCACCUCCCAGCUCAACCCUCCUUUCUGCUUACUGUCCCACGUUCAGUCCCAGCGCAUCUCCCCAGCAUGCCCGACUCAUGACACACCCCCACCUCCGACCAGGUUAGCGUGGAGCCAACCAAGUGCAGACAGGAUGGGCUAACAAGGGUCACCGGCAUGGAGGGCCCCUGGGCUAUGACUGCUCACUUGAGAACUUGGAACAGAUGGUUAAGAACCUCAGCUCUAGCUAGAGUCACUGCUGCUUCACACUGCCUGCUGUAGGCUCAGGGAAUGUUUGGAAUAGUUCAUUCAUAACUCUUAUUAUGGGAAAAUGUUUUGUGGUGAAACUGUAUUUUAGAGUAGGAAUCACUGCACUGAGAUGACUAGCAUGUGCACAACCAUGGGUCCAGAGGGUUGCACACGUCUUUGGUCCACUUCAGAGCACUUAUAAAUAAGGGAACAUUGACAUUGGAAGGGCAGAUGAUUAAAUGCAUGAACAGAUUCUCCAAUGACAACAUUUUUUUCAGUUUAUUUUCUCAUAAGCUGUCACUCUAAUGUCACAUCAACGUGUUGAGUGAAAAGGUAGAAAACCUAACAAAAAUGUUUGUCUCAAGUACUAGGAUGGUUAAAGAAUGUGUUUUUUAAAAGAGACCAUGGUUUGUGUUCAGAUAUCAAGUAUAUAAAAUGGAAUUUUAAAGCUACAUUUGCAAGAUGUGAAAGGUACAAUUGUUGAUCGGAUUUUCUUCAUAAUUCUGUUUCCAAAUCAUGAAUUAUGGCGUUCCAUUGGAACCUUCGCUUUUUACAGUAUGGGUGCUGUGUUCUUCAACCAGAUAUUUAUCCACCCAGAGAGCGACAGCUCCCGCUCCGGGGUCAGCGCCCUUGUAGAUUUAGCCCCUGAAGAAUCACCUAGCACAGGUUCACCCUCCUCCGCUGUGUUCUGCGUGCCUAGUGUGGGGUCCUGAGGCAGAUGGGGGCUGGGAGGGUGGUGUAAGCCGCGGCCCAUCCGUCAGUCACUGAAGUCAGAUGAUUUUUAUAACAUUCCCUGAGAGCCCAGAGUUUCAAAGAAUUUGACUUCUCUGGUUUUGCUUAUUUGUUUAAAAGAGAUGAGUUUAAAUAAUUUUUUAAAGGUGCAAUAAUGACCACUGGAAAUUUAUUCCAUUGCUUAAAUACUAUUCCAUACUUCAUGGGACAUGUAUUUUCAAUUGGAAAGCAAAAGCCUUAGAAUUCUUUUAGAAUUCUUUUUUGAUAAGUAAAAACAUUUUAUUUCUUCUGAGCUUGCAUGAGCUCUUUCCUGGCAGCCCCUUAUCCUAGUUUAGUACCUGACAAACAAAACUAGAGUCUAAGACGCAGUAAAUGAAGGAGCUGGGGCUUUGUUGUGAUACAAAUUUGUAAUGUGAAAAGUGGGAGCUAGGAGCUCACAGUUAAAAUGUCUGCACAAAAAUCACUGUAAAUAUUGUGAGAAUUGAGUUUUGAAAAGGUCAUAUUUAAUAAGCUAUUUCAAAAGCACACAUUUAAAUAAAGAUGGACCAAAUAAAAAGGCGCCACAUA